AUGAGCUCAACUAUCGACCUCCCAAAAGGCGACUCGCCCACCCUUGCACUCGUCCACCCUACCGAGCAAGAGCAAUUGAUCCAGUCCAAACUCAACGGCGCCGAAUGGCGGGGCGCUCUGUCACCAUCUGCCUACCUCCGCCGCGAAGCCACUCUCUCACAGCAAGCCCUGACCAAGGAAGGAGGUAUCACAUACUGGAUCCUAGUCGACACAGCGUUGGAGAAUAACCCCCUAGACCCCAACUCAGGAACCCGGCUACCGCUCGCGAGCUGUGAAACGUACCGCAAGAAAGCCCUAGUAUGGCGAAAUGGCAAGCUGCAAGAAGUCAUUUCUCACGGCAUUGGUAGCGUGUUCUGUGGGGGGCAUUUGCGGAAGAGAGGGUAUGCGCAGAGGUUGAUGAGGGAGGUUGGGAAGACGUUGCGAACGUACCAGACAGACGAGGAGAAGGAGUGUUUGUUUACAGUCUUGUACUCUGAUAUCGGCAAGGCGACUCAUAAAUACUACACAAGCUUUGGCUGGGAACCGUUUCCAUCCUCCCACAUUGCUUUACCAGCCAGCGCAACUACGCCUGCAGUCGGCCUGCCUACUGCUCGGCCUUUGUACGCGGAAGAUCUACCAGAGCUGUGCAAGCUCGACGAGGCACUGAUUCGCAAGAGCUUGGAGUCACGGCCCCAGGGCAGCAAAAUUGCAGUAGCGCUCAUUCCCGACCUUGAGACCGUGCAAUGGCACCAUGCGCGGGAACAAUUUGUCGGUCAGGAGAUUCAUGGUAAGGUGCCAAAGAUUAAGGGUGCGAUAGUGGGCGACGAGGUCGGCAAGCGUGUAUGGUGCUACUGGACGCGCGUGUGGUACAACGAGGAUGUGUCGAUUGUGAAGGGUAACACGAUGCACAUUCUGCGUCUCGUAGUCGAAGAAGAUGUAUUGGGUAGCAUGGAUGCACACCAGGGCGGCGGACAUAGCGCAGCUAUUGCAGCUCUCCUGGCGAUGGCACAGCGUGAGGCAGAAGAGUGGAAGACGGAGCAUGUAGAGGUCUGGAGUCCGUCUCCAGCAGCGCUGGCUGGAGCACAGACACUAGACAAGAGUGCGAAGGUCAUCGAGCGGGAUUCAGAGAGCAUUGCGAGCCUGUUGUGGUAUCCGGAGCAUGAAGGACCGGCUGCAGAUCAGGUUGACUGGAUUAGCAAUGAGAAGUACGCCUGGUGCUGA